AUGGACCACAAAGAACAGAUCCACGAGAUUCGCUCCCAUUCCACCCAUAACGGCCAUCACCGUCCCCGCGCGCCGGUCCCUCACGGCUAUGACUACACCGACGAGUAUAUCGCUCCUCAGAUAAGCCGCGACGAGGCUCUGAGGAGAGUGAAGACGGCCGGGUCCAUCUCCAUCUCGCCUGAGCUAUUCGAGAAGCUGUACCUAUCGCCGCAGAACAAUGUCAAGGGCGAGCUGCGGAAGACCUUUGGCAACCCAACGCCAAUUGCCAUCAUAGGCUUCCUCAUCUCUUUGACUCCUCUGUCCUGUGACUUGAUGGGUUGGCGCGGCGCAGGUGGGAGUGGUGCGGCUGGCAUCGGCUCCUACUACUUCUUUGGCGGUCUGCUCAUGUUCGUCGGUGGCCUUCUCGAAUGGGUCCUCGGCAAUACCUUUCCCUCGGUCGUCUUCACCACCUUCGGCGCCUUCUGGUUCAGCUUCGGCGCAACCUUGACUCCGUCCUUUGCUGCGUUCUCGUCGUACGCUCCAGCGGGAGCUAAGUCUGGGGCCGAGGGGUUGGCAACUAAAGGCUUCAAUGCCAGCUUCGGCUUUUUUACCCUCGCGAUGGCCAUGAUAUGCGUCGUCUUCCUCGUCUGUUCGCUUCGAACCAACUUCGUCUUCUUUAUCAUUUUCCUCACCCUUACCGCUACCUUUGCUCUCAUAACCGCUGGGUACUGGUUCCUUGCCAUGAACUACACGGCCAAUUCCGCCUUUGCUGCCCAACUUCUCGAGGCCGCUGGAGCAUGUGGAUUCGUCGCGUGCAUGGCAGGUUGGUAUCUGAUCUUCGCCAUAUUGCUUGCGUCGCUGGAUUUUCCAGUGGAGCUGCCUGUCGGGGACUUGAGCAGAGUAAUUAGGGGCAAGAGCGAGAUGAGUCGAGUUUGA